GUCCUGAUCGUCACGGCCCCUUCCCGCUCUCCCGUCCGGCCCCAAACCAGCGCAGCCUAGGAUUCAACCAUCCACAACUCCAAGAACCUACCAAAGGUACGGUACGUAGGAAGCAAACCUACCAACCCCCGGGCCCCCGGCCCCCUUCCAGAAGCAACAGGAACAGCACAUGCUGUGCCACUGCUACCAACCAAAGGUGCCAUUGUUGUUGGUGUCGUCCUGGUUUGGUUCGAUCUUGAACCCCCUAGUCAGCGCUAGGCGACAAACCCUCUCCCGAGUCCCCCCGCCAUCAUCAACCAGCCAGGUUGGUAGAAUCCCAAUCUCAAUCGCAAUCGCACCAAGCUCGGCCCUGCACCACAUGCGCCGCGUCAAUUGCCCCCCUUCUUGAAUUUCCCUUCUGAAGCUUGGAAGGGGCCGGAGCCCUU